AUGCCCUCACAUCCGGGCUCCACAUCCUCCUACGACCCUUAUCCAGCGCCUCAUGCCGGAGACGCUCAAUUGGAGAUGAUUGUUCCUAGUCAACAUGCUUAUCAUAUGGAUAUUACCAGAACUCAAAACAACACACAACAACUUCCUAGCCUGCGUGCUGUUCUGGAACCCGAACUACUUGAUACGAAGUUACCAGGUCAACCAUCACGAGUAGGUGGCACUCAAGUGUUCCACAGUACUUCUGUGCGCUACGAAUCUGACAGCCCAACAUUGAAGAGACGGCUCGAUCUUGAUACAAAUAAGUAUGGCUACUCCGAUCGUAGCACUGUUGUCCCUCAACCGCCGUUCGCAUAUCGACCACCGCUUUUGACCAGCAGUAGCAGCAAUUCCUUUGCAGUAUCCUCAACGCAAGGUUCUACGUCUAGCGCCGUUAUCCCGGAACUUCAACGUCGUGAAAGCUUUGCUCAUAUCUCUCCCCAUGAUCAGACUGGCGAAUUUUUCCGACCAUCAUCGACACCGUCUGACCCAGUAGCAAGCCACUUGUCUCGGGACGAGCUAGGGGAAACUGGGAGAUCUGUUAGGAGGCGACCUGACGGCUCCUCGGUGUCUUCACGGGCUACAGUCAAAGCUUCGCGAUGUAUCGGACAGCGUGAAGUUCCGGGCGAAGGCAUUUGUUAUUUCUACGAAGACGGUACCUACUGUCGGGUUGUUAUUGAUGGAGAACCUGUCAAUCCAUCGUGGGGUAUUACAAAAGCCGGAAAGCCACGCAAACGGCUUGCUCAAGCUUGCCUGACCUGUCGAGAGAAGAAAAUAAAAUGCGAGCCUGGCUAUCCCAAAUGCCAUCAGUGCUCGAAGUCGCAAAGAAUAUGCAAAGGAGGACUCAGCCAGUCAAGUGUCAGCAGUGCUUCAGGGGAGCCAUCGCCAUCCAGUCCCCCUUUACCGUCCAAGAACGCAUCGACAGAACUUUCCAGUUCCGCAGCCGGCUCAGACAAGGAGAAAACGCAUAAAGAGUCACACGAGCCUUUCAUUCCGAGGAAGAAUGAAUUUUGGCAUGCUGGCACCCCUUUCAACCCUCAGAGUUUUCGUCCCCAGUCUGUCGCGACAACAGGGUCGGUUUACUCCUAUGAAUCAGACCUGAGCGGUGUUUUGAACGGACAAGAGUUAGAUGGCCGUACUCGCGGCUCGUAUCUCCACAUGGAACUCCAAUGGGAGCAAGACCCUUACAAAACAGACCCUAAGCUCACUAUGGAACUCUUGGAUUUAUAUUUCCUCCAUGUUGGACGACCGACUUACAACAUCUUUCCUCGUGUGCCUUUUUUGUCGUGGGUUGAGUCCGGCCACGAAAAGAACCCGGACCAUAUAAUGCUCUUGUAUUCGGUUCUUGCCUUGGGUUCGUUGUUUUCGAGUAAUUUGGAACUCCAGGCCCUUGGAAACAGAUUUGCGUCUAUCGCCACAUAUGCUCUUGCAAAGCGUUUCGGCAAAUUCGACCUGCAAAUGUGUCAGAGUCGUCUCAUACUCUCUCUGUACAAUUAUGGACAGGGCAAAAGCCAGGCGGCCUGGGACUUCACUGGAGCGGCACUACGCGCGCUUAGUGCACUGAGAUUGAAUACAGAGGAAGGGGUGAAGAAGACCGCGUCUGACGCUGCCGCCCUGGAGUACGGCAUUGAGUCCUGGACUUACGAGGAAUGCUGCCGUCGCACUUUCUGGUCUGCAUUUUUAAUGGAUCGCUACAACGCUAACCAGGGUGGAACCUUCUGUGGGAUCAACACAGAGGACAUUCAUGUUCGCAUGCCUUGCUUGGAGAAUAUGUACGAAACGUCUAAGCCCUGUGAAGCACCCCUUUUCAGCUAUGAUCUUCUUGAUCAACCGGAUCCUCAACAACCGCCUCUCGGACACAUGGCCUACUUGUGUUUGAUUUCGGUUAUAUGGGGAGAUGUGAUGACAUAUACCGGACGUGCGAUCCAUCGACCAGAGGGCAGUUUCGAACGCAACUACACAGUCUUCUACGACAAAUCCUACUCAAGACUCAAAGCAUGGGUUGAUAUGUUGCCAGAACAUCUCCGAUACAGUCCGCAAAACCUCGACAAGAGCAUAGUGGAAGGGUACGCAGGCUCCUUCGUCUCCAUCCAUGCUCUGUACCACGUCACGGUGCUCCGAGUCAACCGUUACGUCCGCGUCCGUGCCAUGUCUACCCACAUCGUACGCCGAAACAUCGACCGAGCGUUCCGCUGCGCCUCCAGCUUCGUAUCAAUCAUGCAGACACUCGCCGUAACAACCCGUCGGCAACGCCUGCCCACUGGAACCGCAACAGACUUCCAAUUCUCGACACCUUUCUCUGCAGAGGUACUCAUGCUAUCCAUAGACGUACUCACCUCUACCGGUACCUUCCAUUCAUUGCCAAGUCUCAUCGAAACUGUCAACGAUGCGUUGUCUUGCACUGAUGAACUGUCCAGUUUCUGGGCAUCAGCACAAGCGCACCACAGAACGAUAACCACCCGAUUGAAGCAACUCCGAGACAUUGCCGCACAAGCAGAGCAGAAAGUCAACAAUGACGGUCAGGCGCAGUUCUGGACGAUUGCCGAUAGCCUUGAUACGGCAUUUGGGAGGGAUGACGUGGUGUACGGGACUGAAGACCAGCUGCGAUUUGAUACUGUGGCCAAGCUUGCGGAGUGCCGAACCUAA